UAAUGAAACCUCCUGCUAGCGAUUGUGGUUGAAACAAACGUCGUUAAAGCAAGAACAAACGUUACCAUUGUCGUUCUUCAAGCAAUACGGUUCAAGAAACAUUUUCUUCAUGAGAAAGAUACUACUACUCGUGAUGAUUCACCAAUUACUUAGACCUGUUCGAUCAGUGAACGGAGUGAUAUGGGACAAGAAACUACAGGAUUUUGUACCGAUUUUCAGUAUCCCAGCUUUCGCAGCUGUAAACAACGAAGUGCUGAGCCAAAGUCGAGGAGAGGAAAUAUACGAUUUCCAAGGGAGGAUCGUUAGGUUCUCUUAUUACGAGGAGAAGAACCUUAUCAAUAGCGUAGGUAAUGGAACACGAAUCACCGGAAUUAUAGGCGAGAUCUGGAAUAUUUUGUCCGAAUAUUUAAAUUUCACAAUAAAACCGAUUCUGACGGACGAGAAGAGUACAGGGGCGUCAGAUCUUGAUGGCAUGUUUAGAACUGGUUUAUUAAAGUAUAUUGCAGAUAAUAAAACAGAUGUAAUACCGAGGAUGGAAGCUCAUCCCAAGAGAUUGACUAUUACCCAGAUGACGAUGCCUUUAUGGAAAGCCGAAUAUCGGCUAUAUAUUGAACGAGAAGUAAAACACGUACCUACCUGGAUGGUGAAAUUAUUCUCCAAAAGAGUUUGGCACGCAGUUCUGAUAACAUACUUAUUAUUGAGCAUGUGCAGCUAUCUUUCUCACAAGGUCGAGACGAGAAUCAUGCUUAAGAAGUUGCAGACUGACUUGAAGGAUCAUUUUUUCUAUAACUUUGGCAUGAUCUGCGGACAAAGCUUCUUUCCAUCUUCUUCGACCAGAAGCUCAAGGAUAAUAGAAUUAUGGUUGGGUUUAUUUUCUUGUUUGAUCAGAACCGCUUUCAGUGCCCUUUUAAUAGGCUAUAUGACGCAAACUACCUUCACACCUCCUUUCAACGAUAUAGAAUCUCUUUUGGAUAAUACUUCGUACAAAAUUUUAACUUUAAAUGGUUCUAUACCAAAUCUUAUUAUCGAGCGAGGAACAUCGCCUGUAUACAAAAAAGUUCUUGACAUGAAACGAUAUAUUGUUAUGGAUACAAUUGAGGAGAUGUAUACAAAAAUAUGUACAUCUAAUAAGCCAUACACAAUAUUCGAAAGUGAAGAUUUAAAAAAAGCUAGAGGAAUGUACUUCUGUCGAUUGAAUCCCGUAGGAAUUCCUUUACUUUAUUCAUGGAUAGUUCCCGGAAUUUCGAAGACUUUUACACAUAGAAGGUCUAUUGAUAUCGGAAUGUUGAAAUUAUAUGAAGUUGGCUUUAUCAAACUAUUGAAACAUCGCUGGAUAGAGUCAAAGAACGUUGAAAAAGAGACACUAAAUGUAACAGAACCAAUUAUCUUAGAACAAGUGUAUUUAACAUUAAUGAUCUUCAUCGGUGGGCUUCUAAUAUCAUUCGUAAUUCUUUUGUUUGAAAAUAUAAUAUUUUAUUGCAAAAUUAAGAAAAUAUCCUAAGAAAAUUGUGAAAAUUAUUGUAAAAAGUUGUAAAAAUUAAU